AUGUCUAAGACUCUGCGGCGAUGGAGUGGCUCGCCCACAUCCCCAACCAUUUUUCAGAAGGCUCCGCUCAGCACGAUGAUCAACACCGAAGUCAAUGGCUCAUUUGCUGGUAAUAGCGGCGCAACUGAGGCCCGCGACAACGCGGCUUGGUUGCCUCCACAUUUAAGCUUUCGUCAUGUCAACAAUCUCUCUGUUUCUAUUGAACUUCUAUCGAUUGCACAUUUGAUCGCCACGCACUCGACCACUCUCUCGACGUACACAGAUUGCUCACCAUCCACCACCUGUUCACGACCGCACACAAUCACCGCAAAGAUGCCGGAGAUCACUGUGAAAGUGAAGCACAUGGGAAAGGUGUAUGAUGUCGAGGUUGACACAGACUCGACGGGUGAGGAGCUGAAGAUGCAGCUCUACUCACUCACAAAUGUCGAACCACAAAACCAGAAAGUAUUGGCGAAGAAGAUGGUCAAGGACGACACAUCAUUGUCCUCGCUGGGACUGAAGAGCGGCGCCACCAUCACUCUUAUGGGUGCUCCCUCAGCUGACAUCAUCAUGGACUUGCCUAAGGAGCGCAUGAAGUUCAGCGAGGACAUGACAGAGGCAGAGCUUGCGCAGCAAGACGGCGCCACACCGGCUGGGCUGCAGAACACAGGCAACACCUGCUACGCAAACGCCACCCUCCAAACACUACGAUGCAUACCAGAGUUGCAAGAAGAGCUUCUGGGGUACAAGCCUCAGAUCGCGCAAAGCGGCUCGUCCUCGUCAUCACUCUUCUCGGCAGAUCAGCUCGCGCAGCAUGGCAUUGGCGGGCUGGGUGGAGGCAACGAUUUAACGGCUGCUCUGAAGGACCUCUACAAGCAGAUGGGCGACACGCAGCAAGGUUUUCCUCCAAUCAUGUUCCUCACUACCCUCCGUCAGAAGUUCCCACAGUUUGCGGAACGAGCUAAGAGUGGCCAUGGCUUUGCGCAGCAGGAUGCUGAAGAGGUGUGGACACAGGUUGUGCAGACGCUUCACGACUCCCUUAAAUUGCCUCCUGGCGACGGUUCUGGCAACUUUAGGAGCUGGGUUGAGAAGUACAUGGGUGGGCAGUACGAGGUGACCACAACUUGCGAUGAUGCACCCGAGGAGGAAAGCACCACGGCGGCCGAGACCUUCCAUGACCUCAAGUGCAAUAUCAAUAGCGAGGUGAAUCACUUGGCGGAUGGGAUGCGCAUCGCUUUGAACGAGAAGCUCGAGAAGCGUUCGCCAACCCUGGAUCGCGAAGCUACAUACACACGCACAUCUCGCAUCUCCCGCUUACCCAAGCAUAUGCCUGUCCACAUGAUUCGCUUCUUCUGGCGCCGCGACACACAGAAGAAGGCGAAGAUCUUGCGCAAAGUGACCUUCCAGCACGAGAUCGAUGUCACAGAGUUCUGCACGGAUGAGCUCAGGAAGAAGUUAAUUCCGGUUCGUGAUCGGAUACGAGAAGUAAGGAAGGAGGAAGAAGAUGUGGAGCGCUCCAAGAAGAGACAGAAGCGCAUGAAGGCGGAAGCUGAAGUCGAGGCUGUCAACGAGGGCAAAGUGCGCGCAGAUGAGCCCAUGCAGAAGCUGAAGGAGAAGGCAGAGCGGGAGAAGGCGAAGGAUGGGUCAUCUGCAGGCGAUGCCAAGAAGGAGAAAGAGGACACCGAAAUGGGCGGUACGGAGGAGAAGCAUAAGACUGACGACGAGAUCGAGAAGGAGCGUGCUGAAAAGGUCUUGUCGCUGAAGAAGAACGUGCUCGAGGCUGUGCACGAGGAUAUGAAGAAGGAUUCGAGCGCCAAUCAGACUGGUCUCUACGAACUUCGCGCUCUUGUCACUCACCAAGGCUCCUCUGCAGAUUCCGGCCACUAUACUGCGUACGUCAAGAAGUCUGCCACUCCUGGCAAGCCCGAGGACGGCAAGUGGUGGUGGUUCAACGACGAGAAAGUCCAGGAGGUUGAGGCCGAGAAGAUCGAGACCCUCGCUGGUGGUGGUGAGACGCAUUCGGCACUGAUCCUCCUAUAUCGUGCUGUCGAGCUGCCGAAGAUCGAAGAAGCCAAUGGCUUCAAGGCAUGA